AUGGGGAUCUUAGAGAAAAUCUCUGAAAUAGAGAAAGAAAUUAAUCGAACACAAAAAAACAAAGCCACUGAAUACCAUCUGGGUUUACUCAAAGCCAAACUUGCCAAGUACAGAUCUCAGCUUCUUGAACCCUCCAAGUCAGCUGGAGCAAAAGGUGAAGGCUUUGAUGUUAUGAAAUCUGGAGAUGCUCGUGUCGCUCUCAUUGGUUUUCCGUCUGUGGGUAAAUCCACCUUUCUCAGUCUGAUGACUUCUACCGCCAGUGAAGCUGCCUCUUAUGAGUUUACAACCCUCACAUGUAUACCUGGUGUUAUAGAGUACAAAGGCGCCAAUAUUCAGUUACUUGAUUUACCAGGAAUUAUUGAAGGAGCUGCUCAAGGAAAGGGAAGAGGUAGACAAGUCAUUGCUGUUGCCAGAACUGCAGAUGUUGUCAUAAUGAUGUUGGAUGCUACUAAAGGAGAUGUCCAGAGAGAACUAUUAGAGAAGGAAUUGGAGUCUGUGGGCAUCAGGCUGAAUAUGUCAAAACCAAACAUAUAUUUCAAGCAAAAGAAAGGUGGCGGCCUGUCGUACAACUCAACAGUUCCUCUCACUCACUGCUCAGAGAAGCUGGUUCAACUCAUCCUUCACGAAUACAAAAUAUUUAAUGCUGAAGUCCUGUUCAGGGAGGACAGCACACCAGAUGAAUUCAUUGAUGUCAUUGUGGGGAACAGAGUCUACAUGCCAUGCCUAUAUGUGUACAAUAAAGUGGAUCAGAUUUCAAUUGAAGAGGUGGACCGUCUUGCUCAUAGACCCAACAGUGUAGUCAUUAGCUGUGGGAUGAAAUUGAACUUGGAUUACCUUCUGGAGACGUUGUGGGAAUACCUUGCUCUCAUUUGUAUCUACACCAAGAAGAGAGGAGAGAGGCCAGACUUUAAUGACGCCAUCAUUAUGAGAAGAGGAGCAUCUGUCGAGCACGUGUGCCAUCGAAUCCACAGAACCUUAGCCAGUCAGUUUAAAUAUGCCUUGGUUUGGGGAACCAGUACCAAAUACAGUCCUCAGAGAGUGGGUCUAACACACAUCAUGGAGCAUGAAGACGUCAUCCAGAUUGUGAAGAAAUAA